AUUGUGACGCCACGAACGCCCAUUGGCCCCUCAUUUUGCUGAACGUUAUACAUCCGAGUCCCGACGUUACGCCGGGGCUAAAGAGGGAAGGGGCUCUCCACGGAUACCCCGUAGCCCGUGCCCCCUAAGCCAGUCUUACCGCCGCAAUCCGCAUUCUCGAGCGUUCCGCGUUCGUCAUCGCUCGUCCUUUUUCCCACAUUCGCUUUUGCCUUUAAACAAAAGAUAUAAAAUUAAAUAAGAAAAAAAGCCUCCAAUACUUGGCCGCCAUCGCAGUCCGAUGCACAAAGUAUCUCCAAACAAUUGAAGUGAUAACCAAAGUUAUUAUUAUUUUGUCCACUUGCCAAUUCACUCAUUGAUCCUCGUAAUUGCCGAUUUUACUGUGACCCCACCCUUCGCCGACACACCGCCUUCAGCGGGAAGCGGUUUGUUUUUUCGUGCUCGUGUCGUGCCUCACGGAGUAAAUAAAAAGGAGAAAAGCGAAUAAAAUCAGUGCGUCUCCUUUGGUCUCAGUUGAACCGAUCGUCAACUCGAUCGUCGAUUUUAAUCUGCGAUGAAGCGAUAGAGGAUAUAAUCGUGUCCUUGUGUUUGUGAUUGAAACAGUAUUGAGGGCCGAUUGAGAGUGAACAGUGUUGUGUUGUGCUGUGUAGUGAGGCUUAAUCGUGUUUAUAUCAAGAUGCUGGGAAAACGCACUCACUGUUAUUUGUGCGAUUUGCCGCGCAUGCCGUGGGCCAUUAUAAUGGAUUUUUCAGAGCCAGUUUGUCGUGGCUGUGUGAAUUACGAGGGGGCUGACAGGAUAGAUAUUGUACUGGAGUCGGCGAAACAGCUGAAGAAGGCCCAUGGCUUUCAGGACUCUAGGCCAUCGGCUUCCAAGGGAUACAGAGCAACGGGACAUUCUGAGCACAAUGGUGGUACUAAUAUCGAUGUACUACCAAUACAGAAUGCCGGACAGACUCACUCUAGGCAUCACAAUAUCGCUAAUUACUCGCAACUACAUCAUCGUAACUCGAUAACGGAAUUUAAUUCGUCAACGAGACAACAGGCACAGCAACAAUUGGCAGCAGCGGCUAGACAGCACGACGAACCACACGAUAUUGUUAAGCACGACUUGGUUAAGCACGAGAUGGUCAAGCACGAGAUGCAUAAUGGCAUUAGGAAUACCAAUGUAAGGUUAACUAAUGCACAAAUUGCUGCUGCACACCAUAUUACCUUGAAUCAUACCAGAGGAACGCCGCUCAAACGUGGAAUAUCGACAAUUGAUGAGGAUGAACAUCCUGAGAAGAAAUUCUCUAUGGAUGAACAGCAUCCCAGUAGGCCACCCUUGACUAGGGGCGACUCCUUGCCUGCUGUCAGUCUUGCUGUUAGUUAUGUUCAGGACAGGAGCAAGGAUAAACAUCCUGUCAGGGCACCCAGCUUCGAGACUGCUACCACCUUUAAACCCAAUGGUGGUUACGUAGGCCCCUCAAUUCCCCUGGCACCAACCAGUGUGGCUACAAAUGGUGGUGGAUCACCACUUCGUCCAAGAACAAGUCCACCACCGCCACCUCCACCACCACAGGAGGCAGGGGGUGGAGGACAGCAAGGGACUCAUCAUCAGGGUGGCACGGGUGGUCCCUCACCUAUGGCUGCAUUAAUGUCUGUUGCUGAUACCCUUACGUCUCCUGAACCCGUACCACAGUCAUCCAAUAAUCCCAGUCCCACCAGCAGGAGUCCACCAACAACUGCAACAACUGCACAGCAGAGAAGUGUCUCCAGGGGUUCACAACACAGUCCUAAUGGUUCUGGCUCAGGGAGGAGACCUAGUGGUGGAGCGAGACAGCACGUGUCAUCGACAACUGUGAUGACAUCUUCAGAGGGAGCAACGGGGGCCCAACCAGCUGGUGCUGAACCUGUGUCCAAUGCCCUCAAAUGCACCCUUUGUCAAGGUCGUCUUGAGGAUACCCACUUUGUUCAGUGCCCUAGUGUUCCCCAUCAUAAGUUCUGCUUCCCAUGCAGUCGGGAUAGUAUUAAGAGACAGGGAGCUGGUUCAGAGGUCUACUGUCCAAGUGGUGAAAAGUGCCCUCUGGCCGACAGCCAGGUGCCCUGGGCCUUCAUGCAGAAUGAAAUAGCAACUAUCCUCGCCGAGGACGCUGCAACUGGUCUCAAAGCCAAGAAGGAGCGAGAAACUUAAGGGAAUGAGCACUUGUACAAUUGGUUGAGGCUCAAAUUAAGAAUAUUAUAUAUCACAUAAACUUGUGAGAUAACUUGUCCCGUUCUCGAGGGGAGAAAAAAUUGGAUCGAACUUUGAUCCAAGGGGACCUCUGUUUUGGUGGAAUAACCGUGAAGGACCACCGAGCAUUGGGUCUGGAAAACGAAAAAAAAAAUUUUAACAUGAAAAUUAAAUGUAGAGGAGGACUCAGGAGCAGCACCGAAGACGUGAAAUUGAUUUUGGAGGAAUUUUCAGACAAGUUUUGUUGAUUGGAAAAAUUUAAGGGGUCGUAGAUUGUUUGUGACUGGCUUUGAGCAGUAGUCUUCGGUAAUUUUUAAGACGGUGGCAUUUCUACACGACUCGUAAUAUCCCAGUCGCUAGUGAAAUUAUAAAAAAAAACGUUGGAGAAGCAAAAUCUGUAUUUGUUUGGGUUCUUUUCUUGUUAGUUGCAUUUUGAGUUGACAUUUUCUUGAGGAGCAGUUGACGGAGGCCGUUUCGAUGAUUUCGUGAUCAGGGGAUUUUUAUGAGGGCUUGAUCGCCUGCAAUUGCGUUUUUAUGAUCUGGGAUUUAUUAUAUUUUUUAAGGUGUUCAUCUUGACCAGGUGGCACUUUAUAAAAAUAAUAUCAUAAUAGCGGCGAUUUAACUCUCCAGUUUGCGGGCAAUCGGAGCCAAUUUUUCAAUUUUUUUUACGUACAUCUGCUUAACGUCUAACGUUUUUUUUUUCUGGAAUUAUUAAGUUCGAUUUAAUGACGAGGGAAGAAAUUUUACCUGAAAGGAGAGCAGAUUUAUUUUGUACAUUGUGUAUAUGUGUACAUAUUUGACAUUUAUCGAAUAGGAGACAGAAAAUGAAGAGAAAUGAUUCCUCGUAGGUUAUGGAGGGAUGGCGUUUGAAUGUACAAAACUAAAUGGUUUUGAUCUUUCAUUUUUCUCCAUUUGUUGACGUGUGAUUUUAUUUAUCAAAAAAAUAAUUACAAGAUUUUUAUCGCGCGAGGAAAAAUGAUCAAUAUCGAUUUGUUCAAUUGUCUCGUGUUUUUGUUGUAGACAGGACAAUGACACUGUGGAAUUAUUUUAUGAUUGGAUGUGAAAUGGUUGGCGACAAUUUCCCAGUAGGAAUUACGUCGUUGUGAUAAAUACGAGAUAAUUGUGAGUCUGCUGGGGGGAAUACACAGACAGUGGGGAAAAAAAUGAAACAUUAACAGAUUGAGGAUUUUUCGUUGAAACACUACUAGUGAGAAUUUUUCGCUGCCGCCCAGGGUUUUCUAUUUCAAUGCUGGCGUGAAGAGUGAAUGUGCGCGAAUAUUGAUAAGACGAGUGAUAAAAAAAAUGUAACUGUACGAAACGCAAGAGUGAUUGCAGUUAACGAUAAGUCAGUGAUAAAUGACUGUACGAUAAACCCUGGUAUGGAGGGGUGAGCCCAUCUUUUCUUUUGUAUAUAUUUGUACAAAAAAAAAUCGAAAACAACAAAACACGUUUAGAUAUGUAUUGAUAAUGUAAGUGACAUCAAACUAGAAUGGUUCAGUAAUUGUACUACGAUGUAAUAAAACGAGAGGAGUAAAUUUCACGUUUUCUCACAUUGAUUUGAUAAAAUGAAAGGCUUUUUUUUUUGAAUUUCUGGAAAACUUGUCCUAGCGGACGAGGAGUCUUUCACCGAUUCCGAUUGUUCAAUGUUCCAUUUUUUAGUUUCAAUGGAAGAGAUUUUUAAAUAUUGUGUCUGCGAUUUUCAAUAAAUUAUUCACUUCCUCGGCGUUUCAUUGCAUUAGUUUGAAAGCCAUAAAAACUACAAUUGCCAAUUACAUUACAAUUGUCUCUGUUUCCAAUCUCAAUACAAAAACUAAUAACAUACGAAUCUUAACUCCAUUACGAGGUAAAAAGUAUUCUCAUAGAACAAUGCAAGCGUUUUUCUAUAACCUUUAAUAAAAAAAAACAUGCAAAAGGAGGAUAAAUAACUAGAAAUUGAGGAUAAGACGAUUCCGACGAGUGACUCGUCCAGUAAAAAAUGUAAUAGCGGAUAAAAAAAAAGUUUUUUUUUUCUAGUGUAUCAUAUCUUGGAACGUGUAACAAUGUACUGUCUAUCGUAUGUAUGCAACAAACAAAAAAGUAAAAACGAAAAUAUAUGUGUUGAUGUGUAA